GCAGAGUUCAUUCUCUCGCUUCUGGAGAAGAUGCAGACCCAGGAGAUCCUGAGGUUGCUGCGGCUGCCUGAGCUGGGUGACUUGGGCCAGUUUUUCCGCAGCCUCUCAGCCACCACCCUCGUGAGUGUGGGUGCACUGGCCGCCAUCCUCGCCUACUGGUUCACUCACCGGCCAAAGGCCUUACAACCACCAUGCAACCUCCUGAUGCAGUCAGAGGAAGUGGAGGACAGUGGCGGGGCCCGGCGAUCUGUGAUCGGCGACGGCCCUCAGUUGCUCACCCACUACUACGAUGACGCCAGGACCAUGUACCAGGUGUUCCGCCGUGGGCUCAGCAUCUCAGGGAAUGGACCCUGUCUUGGCUUCAGGAAGCCGAAGCAACCUUAUCAGUGGCUGUCCUACCAGGAGGUGGCCGACAGAGCUGAAUUUCUAGGGUCUGGACUUCUCCAACACAAUUGUAAACCAAGUACAGAUCAGUUUAUUGGCGUUUUUGCACAAAAUCGGCCAGAGUGGAUCAUCGCAGAGCUUGCCUGCUACACGUAUUCUAUGGUGGUGGUCCCGCUCUAUGACACCCUGGGCCCUGGGGCUAUCCGCUACAUCAUCAGGACAGCCGACAUCAGCACCGUGGUCGUGGACAAACCUCAGAAGGCUGUGCUUCUGCUGGAACAUGUGGAAAGGAAGGAGACUCCAGGGCUCAAGCUCAUCAUCAUCAUGGAACCGUUCGAGGAAGCUCUGAAAGACAGAGGGCAGGAGUGCGGGGUGGUCAUUAAGUCCAUGCAGGCUGUGGAGGAGUGUGGCCAACAGAAUCAUCAGGCUCCUGUGCCCCCGAAGCCCAGCGACCUCUCCAUUGUGUGUUUCACAAGCGGCACAACAGGGAGCCCAAAAGGUGCGAUGCUCACCCAUGGGAACGUGGUGGCUGAUUUCUCAGGCUUUCUGAAAGUGACAGAGAGUCAGUGGGCUCCCACUUGUGCGGAUGUGCACAUUGCCUAUUUGCCUUUAGCACACAUGUUUGAGCGAAUGGUGCAGUCUGUUGUCUACUGCCAUGGGGGGCGCGUCGGCUUCUUCCAGGGAGACAUCCGUCUCCUCUCAGAUGACAUGAAGGCUCUGCACCCCACCAUCUUCCCUGUGGUCCCUCGAUUGCUGAACCGGAUGUAUGACAAGAUCUUCAGCCAGGCAGACACACCAUUAAAGCGCUGGCUCUUGGAGUUUGCAGCAAAGCGUAAACAGGCUGAGGUCCGGAGUGGAAUCAUCAGGAAUGAUAGUAUCUGGGAUGAACUCUUUUUUAAUAAGAUUCAGGCCAGUCUUGGUGGGUGUGUGCGGAUGAUUGUCACUGGAGCGGCCCCCGCAUCACCGACAGUGCUGGGAUUCCUCCGGGCGGCUCUGGGGUGCCAGGUUUAUGAAGGUUACGGCCAAACUGAGUGUACGGCUGGAUGUACCUUCACCACGCCCGGGGACUGGACCUCAGGGCAUGUAGGGGCACCUCUGCCCUGCAAUCAUAUCAAGCUCAUCGAUGUCGAGGAACUGAACUAUUGGACCUGCAAAGGAGAGGGAGAGAUAUGCGUGAGAGGACCAAAUGUGUUCAAAGGUUACUUGAAAGAUCCAAACAGAACAAAGGAAGCCCUGGACAGUGACGGCUGGCUUCACACUGGGGACAUUGGGAAGUGGCUGCCGGCAGGGACUCUUAAAAUUAUUGAUCGGAAGAAGCACAUAUUUAAACUUGCUCAGGGAGAAUAUGUUGCACCCGAGAAGAUUGAGAACAUCUACAUCCGGAGUGAGCCUGUGGCACAAAUCUAUGUCCAUGGGGACAGUUUAAAGGCCUUUUUGGUGGGUGUUGUCGUGCCUGACCCUGAAGUCAUGCCCUCUUGGGCCCAGAAGAGAGGAAUUGAAGGGUCAUAUGAAGAGCUCUGUGCAAAUAAGGAGCUGAAAAAAGCCAUUUUGGAAGAUAUGGUGAGGUUAGGAAAACAGAGUGGACUCCAUUCGUUUGAACAGGUUAAAGCCAUUCACAUCCACUCUGACAUGUUCUCAGUUCAGAAUGGCUUGCUGACACCAACACUAAAGGCUAAGAGACCUGAGCUGAGAGAGUACUUCAAAAAACAAAUAGAAGAGCUUUACUCAAUCUCCAUGUGAAGUUCAAGGAAAGUUCU